GCGAUGAAUUUUGCUGAACGAUUGUCAGUCUUAGUUUAGUGGUCACAUCAUUAAUUUGAUCUGCCUUUAGUUACACACAGUGUGCACACGGUUGCCGCAAGAACAGUCUCUCAGCUUCAUUCAGCAAACAAUUCUAGCCAAACAAUGUUCCGAUUGAUCAUCGUCUCCGCCCUGGCCGCCGUUGCCCUCGCCCAAAACCCAGAUGCCGAAGCGCAGAUCCUCUCGUCCGACAGUGUCGUGAACCCCGAUGGAUCGUACGCCUGGAACUACGAAACCAGCAACGGAAUCCGUGCCCAGGAGGAAGGUGUCGGAGGCCAGUCCGCUCAGGGUAGCGCUUCGUGGACCGAUCGCGACGGAACGCCCAUCCAGCUGACCUACGUUGCCGAUGUCAACGGAUUCCAGCCCCAGGGUGCCCAUCUGCCCCGUGAAGGCCCAGCGCCCGCCCAUGUCCUGAAGACCCUGGAGUUCAUCCGGGCUAACCCACCCAAGGAUGACCCCAACUUCAACAUCCAAGCCCUGGAAGCCGAAAUCGCCAGACUGCAAGCCCUGCAGUAAGCCCCUCACGCGAGACUCACGCCGCUCGCAAAACGUGACCUGUGCUCAUACUCAAAAGAAACCAAUCGCUAGGACUAACGGAAAUCAAAAUCACAACCCAUGAAACAGUCGAGGAGGAAUCUAUUAUUUGAAAAUUGAUGUAAAUUUGUUGUAAAUAUUCGCUAGUUUAUAAUUUACACACACACACGAACACAAACACUUCCUUUGAGCGACACGUCAACCUUAUCAUUUUUUUUUACAUGUAAAAUCUUUGUUCUGUUCCCAGUCAGCAUUUAAUGCGUGCACUGUAACACGUGACAAACGACACACCUCAAUGUGCCCAUAAUUGCAACUUGAUUACCAUACAAAACACAAUUUCCAACCAUGUUUUAAACGAAACACGUUUAAAACUUUGUGUUUCGCAACGAUGCGCGAAGGAGAUUACAUUAGACGUUAAACGUCAGUACAGUACACAAAAACACACACAAAACUGAUCUAAUCAAGAGACAGAAGAGAGAGAGAGAGAUGAUAAAAGAAUAGCAUUCCAAAAACGAAAUACUAACAUCGAAAUCGUGCAAUGAUGAAGAAAACUAUCAAACUCAUCAGAAGAGAAGGAGAUGAAGAGGGGAGAGGCGAAGAUGAUAUUAGAGCAACUUAUGUUUUUUUAAUACUUUUUAAUUCUUUUUUUAUUCUAUACAAAAAAAGAACAGAAACUCAGCUAAGGAUAAGAGAGGAGAAGAGAAGUUACUAUCUCUUGCGAUGACAUAACUUGUUCAUACCGUCAAUAAAGGAUAUUAUUUUAAAAACCAA